AUGACAGAAGAAAAUAUAAUAGUAGAAAAGAACCUUUUUUCAAAGUAUGUCUUACGAACCGUUUACUUGUUCUUAAUAAUAUUGUACUUGUACAUUGCUAUCAAAGAAUAUCCGAUAUGGAGGCGUAUUGGGAGUGCCUUUUUUACUCGUUCAAGAAGGCAUGGAAAUGAGUCUCAACCCUUACAAAUUGGAAAUUCUGACCGAUCUCUAAUAUUCUAUAUUCCUUUCCUUCCUUUCGCAGUUUUGUAUCUAGCGCUGAGAAUGGCAUUAGAUUUUUUCAGAUUAUUUAUAGUAUUUUACCCACUAUACUAUGCGGAAACAGUAUCAAUAACGUCAGGCAAUUACAUUAUUUCAUGCGCAAAAAAAGUUCCUGAAAUAUGUGCUGCGAUUCCUUCAUUUUUGAACACUUACAUAAUAAGCCCAUUUUUAAAAAUAAUUUAUACCUUGCUCGAUUGGAUGUACAAAUACUGUUGGCCUGUCGUCAAACAACUGGCAAUUACGGGCUGGACCGUGUGCACUACGGUAAUUGUGGAGGGAAAAAAAAUUAUAGUAUAUUCAUUUCAUAAAUCAAUAGAGCUAUCUAUAACAGGGUGGAAUGAUUUUGGUUAUCCAUUGACAGCAUUUAUAGCACAAGCCUUUGACACUUUGAUCAUUAAGCCAGUGAAAUGGAUUGUUCCAAGAAUUAAAUAUCUUGCAAGAGUUUCAUGGCAUUGUGCUUGUUUCCUUGCUAGAGACCUUGCUAAAGAUGUGGGCGAUCUUCUUACUUUUGUGUGGUCGACUUCUAUGACACUAUGGAAUCGUAUAUUCAAACCUAUAGGUCAUUUCUUUUACCACUCUACAAUAACUCUGUGCCAUAAAGUACUUGAAAAUUAUUCAGCCAUUAGACGAUUUUUAUAUGUCCGACUCAUUUUACCUGGCAUUAACGAUAUCGUUAACAUUUUCUAUGGGAUCUGUUCUAACAAAACAUUCCGUUAUGUGGUUGAAAGUUUUAUAUCAAUAUUUCCCUUCUUAUAUAAUUCGCUGGUGUCCUCUCUUGUCAAAUUUUACGAAAUAUCGAAAAUUAUGAUACCAAUUUGGGUCAAACGCAUUAAAGAAUGUGGCCUAGAGAUUAUACAGGAUUCUUAUAUUACUUGUAUGGAUAUAAUUGCGUUUUUAUCUUGGACGUAUCACAUCAUUAUUUUACCUAUCAUUAAUAUUAUUCCGGUCGUUAGACAUCUCACAAGCUCAAUGUAUAGAUAUAUUAAAGGAUUUCUACUAGAUAUCAGUGUUCCAGUAUGGAACGCCUUUAAAUUAUUAUUACGACCUGUUAUUUCAACUUUAAGUUUCUUUUACACAACUGUUAUAUUGAUGAUUAUUUUCACAUCAUUACGAUUUGCAAAGUGGAUAAUCUCAUUGACAAGCACUAUGUUGAAUCAUGCACUAAAAUUUACACAACAGUCUUUAUCUCUAGUAUUCAAGGCUUUUGAAUUAGCGUAUAAUGCAAUAUUACCUCAUUUCAAUAAUUUCAUCUCAAUAGCAAGUGAACGAGUUCUUAUUAUUUAUGAUUUUACGAUUACAUAUCUACAAUGGUUUACAUUAUUAAUUUCAGAAAUUAUAACUGCUCAAAUGUACGCAUCAAAGGCAUUUUUGACAGGGAUAUAUGUAAAAUGUGAACCUAUGGUUAUAGAUUUAGGACAACGAGCAGUAGAAAUGGCUGACUCAGCUGUUAAUAACAUUGGGCAAGGCAUGAUGGAAUGGGUCAAGAGAGAAGGAGAAAUAAGAAAUUCAAUGUCCCAAAGAUUAAAUUAA